GCAAUGCGGGGGAAAUACAUCGCGAGCGCUGGCGAAUGUCGCGUAGUACCACUGUUCAGUGGCAACUGGACAUUACAGGAGUGGAGGAACACUCUAUACUACUGCGCUGUCUUUGUCCGUACGCGAUGAACCUAGCUCCUCUGGUGUGGGCAGUGCUGUUGGCGCUACAGUGGGACUCAGCUUUGUGCGCCACCAUCCCAGCCUGCCCAGAUGUUCCUGAAGUAGGGAAUGCGACGUACGAAGACCUCGAAAGACAUGAUACGUCACCGUAUAUGCGUGUGCGGUACACCUGCAACGAAGGUUACUACUUAGAAGGCCCACAUGAGACUGCCUGCGUAGACGCUGAGCAGGGACGAGAGUGGCAUCCAGAGCCUCCGGCAUGCCAUGGUUUCAAAAAUUGUGAGGAUAUACCGGACAUUCCAAAUGGUUAUGUGACCGGAGAUGUGACCGGAGAUGUGACCGGAGAUGUGGCCUGCUGCAAGCCGGGUGACAAACUGGGUUUCGAGUGUGAAGAUGAAGUGACGCACCAGCUCGUUGGCGAAAGCGAACUAACUUGCUUGAACAAUGGUUCCUGGGAUCAUUCUGCGCCGCAAUGCUUAAGUCGUAACUGUGGGCCCAUUGAAAGUGGGCCACCGCGCGGCGAAGUAGACUAUAUCAAGAAUGGUUACUUUUACUACUCUGACUGCUGUGAGCAUGGCGUUGAAGCACACUUCACCUGCGAUGAAGAGUAUGAUCUUGUCGGACAAGACACAAUAACUUGCUGGAACCGUGAAUGGUCAGCUCCCAGGCCACGCUGCAAACCCAAGGAAGGGGAAGUGUGUGAAGACCUCUUCGUGCCAAACUCUGUCUUGAGAGGAGACAAAUCGGGUGGAGACUACUUCGUUCCAAAUGACACAGUGACAGUGGGUUGCAAUCACGGUUAUCGAAGGGAAGGGAACGAUUUCCUGGAAUGCUACGAAAAUGGCACUUGGAGUGAGCCUGUACCUUCCUGUGUUGAGUACAACUGCACUCGAGUGGACUUCGGCGCCCAUAUCAUCGUGGAAGAGUUUGUGAACAGCAACGUCACAGAAUUCCCCGCCGGCAGCCGAAUCUACCUGAAGUGCGAAGAGGGUUACAUGCUCGAGGGUGCAUCCAGUUUGGUCUGCGCGGAACUAGGAUGGUCUAAGAAGCCCAAGUGCCUGAGAAUACACUGUGGCCGCCCAUCGGUACCAGAGUACGGACGGAUGAAGAUAGACACCUCGUUCAUCGAUGACGUUGCUUCGUUCGGCUGCCGACAAGGGUAUAAGUUGAUAGGUGAUGAGAACCGCUUCUGCCUCGCCAACGGCUUAUGGAGUGGAUCUGUGGCACGUUGUGUCUCGCAAGUGGGGCUAGCGCCAAAACGCGGCUGCGAGAGUCCGGGUAUUCCAGACAACGGCUUGAAGAUGGGUAGCUUUUACGGACCUGGAGCCAAAGUAUAUUUCUCCUGCAAUCCGGGUUAUAGACUUCGCGGGAACGAUACCAUCCUUUGCGACUACAGAGGGUUUUGGUCGCACCCCCUGCCCACUUGCAUAGGGAAGUUCUACUAUGACAUGCCAUUGCAGGCGAAGGAAAGGCUGAUGAAGCAACUGACAGACAUCGGAAAUAUGUCUGAUACACCGAAUGAUCGAGUUGCAAAUAACAGGGCCAGGGCACUGAACCUGAAUGUAUCAGGCGUUCGGCAUGUGGUCUAUUUUGUUAUCGACGCGUCCUCCAGUGUUGGCGAAAGGGACUUCCUGAAAGGCGUCGCCUUGGCAAGAGCCAUAAUUAUGAAGAUCAAUGUUUCAGAGCGAGGCAAUCGCGUUGGCGUAAUAACGUUCAGCAACAACGCCGCGCGCAUCGUCAAGCCCCACUCACACACUUCAAUGGAUCUCGUCCUUGAACAACUUCGUAGCAUAAAUUACACGGGAGGAGGGACCGCCUUAAAGGCAUCGUUGGAAACAGUCAAGACAGAUUAUGACACUAUCUGGGCCAGCUUCAAAGCGGAUCGAAAGAAGCUGAAACUAAGCAUCUUCCUGAUAAGCGACGGAAAGGCCAACUUGGGAGGAAGUCCCAAGCAAGUUAUGAAUGCACUGAGCAAAGGAACCUACAGUGCAACACUUUAUGGCAUAGGCGUAACCAGUAGCCCCAACCGAGAAGCUCUGAUGGACUUAGUGUCCAGACCUAUAGAGGACCAUCUGUUCAUCCUCCGGGACUACGACAGCAUUUUAUGGCUAGCGGAGAAGCUCACCAACGGCACUAUUGAUUAUUCCGUGUGUGGCAGUACCCACAGGCACAACGCUGAUACAGGUAAGGAAGAUGUGGCCGAAGCAAGAAUUGCAGGUGGUGAAGUUGUCCAGAAUGCCUGGUCCUGGAUGGUGGAAGUCAAGAAGGUCAAUCCAGCUACAAACGCGGUGUCUGGUUUGUGCGGUGGCUCCAUCAUUUCAAGAACAUGGAUCUUAACCGCUGCGCACUGCGUUUGCAAAGUAAACACUAACAUCACCUUGAGGACAGAGAAAAUCCAGAUACGACUAGGACUGACGGACACAAAAAACGCAUCGUUGGCAAAAAAUGUUGCAGUAAAAAGAAUAGUACGACACGAAAAUUACAACGAAACUACAUUCGAGAACGACAUCGCUCUUCUCGAACUGCAGAGCAACAUGACUUACAAUGCGUAUAUUCGACCCAUUUGUCUCCCUCCUGAGAAACUUCGGGACAACAGUGAUUUCUACCGUGCGAAGAAGCAUGCAUUUACUAUUGGCUGGGGAGGAAACGGGAAAUCUGACACUGUGGAAAAAUUGAAGCAAGUCAAGGUCACCAUCCACGAAGAUGCGAAUUGUACCCGUGCACAUAACAAGAGUCCGUUUACGGACAACAUGAUGUGCGCUGGUGGCUACGGGGAAGGUGACUCCUGCAAGGGCGACAGUGGUGGACCACUGAUGCAAGCUGUUGUCAGAGACGAAUAUAUCUGGACCCAAGUGGGCAUUGUGAGCUGGGGCCACGGUGAGAGAUGUAACAAAGGAGGCAAACCCGGCGUCUACACCAAAGUGUCGAAAUACAGGCGAUGGAUACAUCAAUACGUGCCAGACGCACAAGAAAGCCCAUAACUGCCGCUUACAAAAGGUGUAUACCCGUGAACGACGCGACCGGCGCUGUUUGCACCCUUCCCGUACUGUGUUAUUCUUACUUCAUGAAUGUAACGCUUGCGCAGGACAGGCAGGAAAAAACAAAAGGAAAGAAAACAAGUGUUUCCUUUUACACUUGCUGCAUUCUUCAUAGGGCGAUUUCCACGUGCCGAAUUGGACACGCAAAACACACAGAUCACAUGAAUGGAUAUUUGCCUCAAUACGGGCAUUGCAUAACUGCUCUGCAUUAUAACUUCCAUGCGAGGCGCUCGGAGCAACUCUCAACUGCUUGUAAAUCUCGGAGGGGGUUAGAAAAUUUAUCAGUUAAAUAUCGGGAAGUAACUGUGCUCGGUUUUGAAGCCGAAAGUUAAGAAAAACAAAAGGGAAAUGACAGCAUGCAUCAUCCAUUGGCACAGGGUUCGCAGCAUUUUCUUCGUAGCAGUCAUUAAGCCGGUUGUGCCUCUGCUUCAUUAAAGGGACCUUAGAUAUCGUACGUAACAAAUAAACAGAAUCAAUGAUUAUAUUUUAACCCUGCAUGUAACGAAUGAACUGCAAUAAAAUUAAUAAAUAAAAAUGA